AUGGCUCAUACCGGGGAAAAGCGGUACAGUUGUCCGACAUGCGACAAAAGUUUCUCUCGAUUAUACAACAGGGAUGUGCAUAUGAGAAUUCAUACCAAAGAGAAACCGUACAUUUGUCCGAGAUGCAAUAAAAGUUUCAGACUAAAACAACAUUUGCAAGGUCACCUAGUAACUCAUGACAGGAAUGAAUGA